AUGGACUGGGGUAUGCAACGAGCGGCAGCACAAGAGGCGGUAAGACGUGCAAGAGGUCCGAGGGCUUCCACGGACAGACGAGAUACUGGUAUCUCCCUACAAGAGCUUGUUCAGAGUGAAGCAUGGCGGACCACAGCACAGGCCUUGGUGGAGGCGUUAGAAUCACAUACAAAGCCUUCGCAGGGACACAAUGACAACGCGCCAAAGUCGAAGGAGGCUUACCGCGACGACAGCUCUGCGCACUUGGACGAUGUUGCUAGACUCGACGAAAUGGAUACGGCAACGGAAGCACAGUCACAAGUUCGAGACCAUCUCGAAAGCAUUGGCUUGAAGCCCUGUUUCGACCUCGAAGCCGCGUUGCAAAGAAUGAUAUCAGUGCUGGUGGCCGUUCGAGAGACCUCUGAAUCGCAACAUGCGAAUGAGGUCGUCGGCUUACCCCUGAGAGAUAUCUCUGCACAGUACACUCUCCCAGACACUCCGACAAUAGUACGAAGUCAUUACACGGUCCCAAUGUUGGACAUCAGCUCUAUGGGUGGCCUGAGCGAAACAGAAUCGGCGUUUCCAAGAACAUACGGCGUGGGUACAGCCUCGACGGGAGUCAGUUCCCGUUCGGCUCGAAGUCUCCUGUCACCAAUCUCACCGCCCUCGCCGUUCACUCCCGUUCCGGGCUCCCAAAUGCCAAUGAGUUCAAACAGCUCAUCGAGUCUACCUCACAGUCUGACGACCGCUCGAGGCUUCCUUCCGGACACACCACUGUUCGAUUUGCCCACGCAUCCGCAACAACCGGAGAAGCUGACCGACUCCAUGUUCAAGAAGCGCAAACACCCCACCGACUUCUUUCGCGUCGGAAAGGUGUUCUGGAUGCUCUGGACAGAGCCCUCGGAUGACAACAACAGAAGCCAAUCCGAGUACAGUGCAGAGUAUUUCCGCGGCCGUAAUGACCAGCUCUACUACUCUAAGUACCGUUUAUUCGUUGUCGUGAGAGCCUCUCACAAUUACUGCAAUGUCGUCCCCAUCAUGUCCUAUGGAAACUCUGGGGUCAAGCAUACGAAGCUCGUCAAGAGUGAGCACGGCAUGGUCUACACAGGCAAAACCCCUCCCGAGGCCGAUCCCGAGGAGCAUGGCAUGCAGGAAAUACCCAUCAAAGUCGUCCCAGACCAGGUCUUGGACAGACUGUGGCCCAAGUCGCGCAUCAACUAUGGCAAAAAGCAAACCGUUGAGCACAAUGUGAGGGUAAAAAGCUUCGGUGUUGUGGAUCAGAAGGAUAAAGUGCACCUUGUUCGUCAGGCUCGCGUGCAGUGGGAGAGCCCACAAUCAGCGCCUCCGCUGUCUGGGCCUGCAGAAAAAGGUGUCUUUUGA